AUGUGCAACGUCGAGGAACUGACCGUACUAAAUAACCCCGUGGAGUUGCAGGCAUUGCAGACCCGGUGGGUUCACCAUGGCAAAUGCAACGUUAAUGUGGGAUCCUACGAUUCUGUGAUUGUUUGGGGACACCAUGCCAAGCCGAGAGUCCAUCGUGCCGAGCCAAAAGACAACCACAACAGACCUAGAGGACGCUUCCCUGGGGCCUCUCUGAGACCGAGAGUUCGAAAGCAUGUUGAAGUCUGGAGGCUGCCUGUUCAUUUGUUGUCAUUUCACGUGAAUUACAUCUACAGCAGUAAAGACCUUUUACAUCUGAUUGCCGGUGUGAAUUUUUAUUUGGCAGCUAAGUAUGGACUUGAUAAGUGCGAGUAUACGAAACAAAACACCCAACAGAAAACUGAGAUUGAGAAAGAAGACAUAUUAUUCAAAAUGGGAGGAGAUUUUCCAUCCGUAUCCGCCCGGGAAUCCAUGCUGAUUGCAGGAACGAGAUUCGUACUGUGUGGAAGCGGAGGAUUCGGCAUAUACAGCCGACACUAUGAAAAGUUCGGAAUAUCAAAAAUAGCUCGGAAAUUCAGGAUACCGAAAGAAUGUCUCAUUUUCAUUGAAAGCAGCGCUGGUUUGGUGAAUGGAAAGCAAGAACGAAUCGAGUAUCCCGAAUGUAAAGGUUCCUCUAAUGUUGCAGCUAUUAUUGGCUGUGAGAAAUCCACGUCCUCCAUUGCAGCCGCAACGACAAUUGGAACGUUCAGAAUCCCAAUGGUUAGCUACUUGUCCACUUGCUCCUGUCUGAGCGACAAGCAGGAGUAUCCCACUUUCUUUAGAACGAUACCAAGCGACAAAUAUCAGUCCAAACUUCUUGCUGAACUUGUGAAAACGUUUGGCUGGAGUUGGAUUGGGACUAUUCGAAGCAGCACAGAUUAUAGGAACGUUGGAAUGAGAACAUUUAUCGAAGAGGCCCAAAAACAUGGGAUUUGCAUCCCGUACUCUGAAUUGUUUUACAGAACCGAUCCCACUGAGAAAAUCAGGAAAAUUGUUCACGUAAUGAAAGAGGCAACGACAAACGUUGUGGUUGGAUUUCUGCAUGGCGGAGACAUGCGAGUGUUAAUUAAAGAGAUUUUGCGCCAAAAUAUAACGGGAAUACAAUGGAUUGGAAGUGAAGGUUGGGUGACAGAAGAUAGUUUCUCACCUGAAGAAAGAGGAAGGUUUCUUAUUGGGGCCAUCGGUCCGACAACCCGUAGAACAGAUGUAGACGGCCUCAGAGAUUAUCUUGUGAAAAUCCACCCUUCCAGGUUUCCUGACAGCAUAUUUGUGAAGAAGUUUUGGGAAACUGUAUUCUCGUGCACUUUAACAAACGGCAACAGGACAAUGACUGGAAGUUCUGCCAGUAAGGUUCGGCCAUGCACAGGUAAUGAACAUUUGGAUGGUUUAGAAAAUGCCUAUCUUCCAGCGAUAAUGGACGGAAGCUCCUACCAGGUGUAUAAAGCGGUAUAUGCCGUCGCCCAUGCACUUGACGAUAUGCUGUCCUGUGAAGAAGGCAAUGGCCCGUUUAUGAAUAAUACUUGUGCUCAUAUUUUAAGCUUUGAGCCCUGGCAGUUGCUGCAUUACCUACAGUCUGUAAAUUUCACUGCUAAGAAUGGGGAAAUUAUGCAUUUUGACGCAAAUGGCGAUCCAGUCGCAGCGUAUGAAUUAGUAAAUUUACAAAUGAAUUUGGAAGGAUCAAUUGAAAUUGUAAAUAUUGGAUAUUAUGAAAGUUCAGCACUGGAGGGUCAACAACUUGUCCUGAACAUCGGAGAUCUUAUUUGGAGCUCCAGAGGAAAGCAGUUGUUACAUUACCUACAGUCUGUAAAUUUCACUGCUAAGAAUGGGGAAAUCGUGCAUUUUGACGCAAAUGGCGAUCCAGUCGCAACGUAUGAAUUAGUAAAUUUACAAAUGAAUUUGGAAGGAUCAAUUGAAAUUGUAAAUAUUGGAUAUUAUGAAAGUUCAGCACCGGAGGGACAAGAACUAGUCCUGAACAUCGGAGAUAUUGUGUGGAGCUCCAGUGGAAAGCAGAUUCCACGUGCCCUUUGUUCUGAACCUUGCGCUCCCGGGACAAGAAAGGUCAGCAGGAAAGGUCAGCCAACUUGUUGUUUCGACUGCACAGAGUGCGCCGAUGGUGAGAUCAGCAACAUCACAGGUACAAACGAUUGCGUGAAGUGUCCUUUGGAAUACUGGUCCAAUCAGCAAAAAGAUCGAUGCAUUCCCAAAAAGAUUGAAUUUCUUUCUUUCCAAGAGGUUCUCGGCUGCGUCUUAGUGGCCCUUGCUUUAGUGGGAGUGUGCCUUGCACUGGGUGCAGCUGCUGUCUUUUUCCAUUUUCGGGAAACUCCGAUCGUUCGAGCGAACAAUUCGGAACUGAGUUUCCUACUUCUCUUUGCGCUAACGCUUUGCUUCCUGUGCUCACUCACCUUCAUUGGGAAACCGACCGGAUGGUCCUGUAUGUUGCGGCGGACUGCGUUUUGAAUUGUGUUUGUUCUGUGUAUUUCCUGUAUUUUGGGGAAAACCAUUCUUGUUGUGAUCGCUUUUAAAGCAACUCUUCCCAACAACAACAUGAUAAACUGGUUUGGCCCGAUGCAGCAACGGUUAGGAGUUUUUGGCCUCACAUUUGUUCAAUGGUUAAUUUGCACGAUCUGGCUCAUUGUAUCAUCUCCCCAUCCAAUGAAAGACAUGACGUAUUAUAGAAACAUUAUAAUUUUGGAACGUGAUAUGGGGUCUUGAAAAGCCUAUUAUUUUGUGUCCAGCUGUAUUGGUACACUGUCUACUGUUUGUUUCCUGCUAGCUUUUCUUGCUCGGAAACUUCCAGACAAUUUCAAUGACGCGAAGUAUAUAACUUUCAGUAUGCUGAUCUUCUGUGGUUGGAUCACUUUUAUUCCGGCUUAUGUCAGCUCUCCUGGAAAGUACACGGUGGCUGUCGAAGUGUUCGCUAUUUGGGCGUCAAGCUUUGGUUUUCUUAUUAGAAUUUUUGCUCCGAAAUGUUAUAUCAUUUUACUGAAACCGGACAAAGAAAAACGUGAUAGGCAAAGGCUCUUCACUGUAGUUUUAAGAGCCCUGUACUAA